AUGUGGCCUCCAGAAGUACGAGGAGACCUUCGUGACGCAGUUCGUGCUAAGCAUAAGGGAGAUUAUGGGAAAAGCGAGCAGCAUUUCCAUAGGGCUUGGAAUACAAUACGAACCCUCCCAAUCGAGUCACUGGGCUCUCAACCAUAUCUCAAGCUUACCGGAAUGGCACUCGCUUUCGCGGACGUGUUGGAGCUCUCAAAUAAACAACAAAGGGCGUACGAGGUGUACGUUCAUGCUCUAGAACUUCUGCAGCAGGAUGGUGUCAAGGCGAUGCUGACUGGACCUGAACGUUUGAGGGCAGUUGCGAUCUCUUCCAAGCUGGGUGAAUUGGCCAAAGAUUUAAAGAAACACAAAACUGAGGAAGAAAAGUGGCUUGUAUGGGCUGUUGAAGAACUACUGAGGAUUGUCAAGAGUCCUUCAAAGGAUGAUGCGGGCGAGAACGUGGAUUAUAGUCAUCAAGGAUCGUUCAAUCUUCCUUUGCUUGCAUUACCAUCGUGGAUCAGCAAAACCGAUAUCGGUGCGCCUUUGGAGGCGCUUGGGUCUUUCUAUGCUGAGGCUGGCCGACUGGAUUUUGCAAUGCCACUUUAUCUGCAAGCGAUUUCGCUCCUCAUUCCUCCUGCUCCCAAAAAAUCUGCCCCGGAGGACCGUUGUCGAGGCGCUCAGUUAAUGGGAAAUCUUUCUGAAAUGAUCAUGCGACGACCACCAAGCCCAGAUACCCUUCAUCAAGCGGAGGCAUGGGCAUCUCAAGCGCUAGCGGUUACCAAAAAAGCUCGAGCAGAAUCUAGCAAACCCAUUGAUCCAUGCGAAGAAGUUUACGCCGCUGCGUUAUUUAACCUCGCGACAUUUAGAAACAUGGCUGGAGAUAGAAAUGUCGCUCGUAAUUUGUACAGGGAUGGUCUGGAGCAAGCCAGGUCAAUAGGGUUGUCAGAAGGUGUGGUAGAAGCAUCUCGGGCUCUUCAUCGUUUAGAUAUGGGUGAGUCGGAGCCUAGCCAUAAGUGA